AAUUACCUUCAUUUUUUUGAUGUCCUGCUAAAUGUAAAAUGCAAAAUAAAUUUUAAUAGAUUUUUGUCUAAGAGCAUCAUGUGAUGUGUGUCUGUGUUUUACAGUGAUGUUUCUCAUAAUACUGAAUACUGGACAUUGGGGGGAAAUGUGGGUCUACAACUAACAGUUAUCUUCAUUAAUCUGUCACUUAUUCUCAUAUUUAAUCAUUUAGUCUAUAAAAUUUCAAAAUAUAGAUUUUAGACCAACAGUACGAUGUCCAAAUAUGUUAAAUUUGGAAGAAAAGCAGCAAAUCUUCACAUUUUGAGAAGCAGGAAAUAGCAAAUGUUAAGCAUUAUUCCUUGAUUAUCAAUGAUUAUCAAAAUUUCAGAUAAUUUUCUGUUGAUCAGUCAGUCAUUUAACUGUUUCAGCGCUGGACGUUUCCCAGAGGUUGAAUCCUAAAGACUUUUUAUCCUCUUGACUUUGAGUCCAGCAGAACCAACUGGUCCAGUACAGAAGAAGCUGGAAAGUCACAACUGAGGCUGAUUAGAGUUUAGCAAAGUGUGAUAACAUAAAGCUAAGGUGACGCCACAUCCCUUUAUGUCAGCAGAACGGGAAAAUGUUGAGACCUGGGAGCAUUUAUACCUUAUUUCAGGAUUUGUCAUUAUACCAUAUAAAUGUAAAAGAAGCUUUAAUUACAUAAGUGCAUCAUGUCACAUAUAUGUAGCAGUUCAUUAAUGUUAAAUUAGGUUUUAAACUGUUGGUUGUUUAAUUUAUUUUUAAUUAGCCGUAUUGAUUGUUAGGUUAAAGUCUCCCUCCACUCACACAUGUGUUUAGCUUAUUGUUCCUGUACUCUGAUGUUUGAGCUUCACUGUGCAGGAUGAUGUUUGUGCAGUUGUGAAACUAGACGGAUGUUUUCACUUUCGUCUGCUGAAAGUUUCUCUGCUCUUUAUAUAUCAGAGUUUAAGGGACGGGCCUACCAGCAGGAUUUGUGACAUCACAACAGGUUUUGAAGGGUCAUGGUCAAGUAUUCAAUUUACACAAGUGUGAUUUGGGAGCUUGAAGCCUCAAAGGGUACAAACACUAAGAACUGACUUUUCAGUGGAGGAAAAAUGUGUCCAGUUAAACAGUUACAUUUUUGAAGUGAAAUAUAUUUGCAUAUUCAUAGAUUCAGGAUUUUUCAUUGAAGGAGAUGGGAUAUGGGGGUUUAUUAUGAGAUGAUUAGACACAUUAUUACAAGCAGAGUAUUUUUUAUAUAGUGUGAAGUGGAUCAUCUUAUUUACAUUCAACUGGUAACAAUUACAAAGUUCUUGCAAACCAGAAAAUACUAUAGGCAAGUCUGUGGGAUCAAAAACUGACAGAAACUAAAUAUUCUGCACAGUGUCGAACUCUUGAACUCACUGAACUGACACGUUUUCAGUCCUCAGACUUCAGCAGGUCUUGAACUGAAACUCUUGAGGUGGGAGAUACAGAUGAAAGUUUCCUCUCGUUCUCUCGUAAUUACAACUAACAACCAGCCUUUCAUAACCUGAUUCAUUCAAAUAGAAACUGAAAAUUCAGUUUGAUUAUCAGACUAAACUUUUCCCAUAAAUAAAGGGAAGGUGGCAUCAAAUGUCCUAAAAUAGCCGACCUACAGAAGUAGAUUUAGGCAACAACAUGACCAACCACAUUGUUUUCCGGCACCGUUUGGUGUAUGACGUGCCCAUUGUUUACGUACAUAAUCCUACAACAUACCAUGUGGAUGCAUCCUCUUCGUGCAGCUGUCAGUCAGUGUCGGCUGGAGUUUCCUGUCUGAGUCCAGAACAAAUGUUGGAGUGGCUGAUGUUCAGGCCUCUUUCAGCCUGUGAUGAUGAAGGGUCAGAGGGCUCGGCUUUGUCACGAGUUAUUUUAGGAAGAUGGUUUCAUUGAAGCGUCACCGGUGGUCUGAGGUGAUGGUGAGAUGGAGGGUAUUUAAGCUGAGCCGGGAGCGUUCGCUGCCACGUUAGGACAGAAGCACAAAGGCUUGGAUUCAAGAUGCCAAACUGGGGAGGAGGCGCCAAGUGUUCAGCGUGUGAGAAGACGGUGUAUCAUGCAGAGGAGAUCCAGUGUAACGGGAGGAGCUUCCACAAGACCUGCUUCAUCUGCAUGAGCUGCAGAAAAGGGCUGGACAGCACCACGGUCGCAGCCCAUGAGUCUGAGAUUUACUGCAAGUCCUGUUAUGGCAAGAAAUAUGGACCAAAAGGAUACGGAUACGGGCAAGGAGCCGGAGCUCUGAGCUCUGAUCCUCCGGGACAGAACAUCGACCCGCAGUCUCAUGAUUCGAAACGACGACCGUCCGCCACAAACGCCAAUCCUAAUAAAUUUUCACAGAAAUUUGGAAGUUCAGACCGCUGCCCUCGCUGCUCCAAAGCUGUCUUUGCAGCAGAGAAGGUGAUGGGAGCCGGGAAGCCUUGGCAUAAAACCUGUUUCCGCUGUGCCCUGUGUGGUAAAAGUCUGGAGUCAACCACUGUGACUGACAAGGACGGAGAGCUCUACUGUAAAGUUUGCUACGCCAAAAACUUCGGCCCAAAAGGGUUCGGACUGGGGAACGCCGCCAUGUUGGAUGAAUAGCAGUGAACUACGACUGCAAUCAAAGAACCUCAAACUCACAUCUACUGAGUUACACCGCAGCUGUUUAGACGGAGACUCGGCUUUUAAUUACGUUAGUCUGGAUGAUGUUUGUAACAUAUGAGUCCACACCGAACAGGAUAGGCUGUUUCACUGCAGAAAAGUUGGGAUGAUACUCAAAAUGCUUCAUUCUGAGUGUUUAAUUUCAUUCUUUUUAUACUUCACAUAUUGAGCUGAACUAAUCAUUAUUAGAAUAAAUCACUAAUUCUACUUAUUCCUUUUGUUUGUAAUUAUUGUUUAGAUGUAGUUAGAUGAGAACAACUGCUAAA